AUGGAAGUGGAUGGAAAUACUGUUUUAGCCAAAGCUUUGCGCGAACAGGGCGUUGAAUAUGUAUUUGGUAUUGUUGGUAUACCAGUUGUUGAACUGUCGAUGGCCAUGCAGGCUGAAGGGCUCAAAUAUGUAGGAAUGCGUAACGAGCAAUCGGCAUGCUACGCGGCUCAGGCAAUUGGAUAUUUAACUGGAAAACCAGGGGUGUGUCUUGUAGUUUCGGGGCCGGGACUUCUCCAUGUAACUGGUGGAAUGGCCAAUGCACAAGUCAAUUGUUGGCCUUUAUUGGUUAUAGGUGGGUCAACGUCUCAGGACCACGAAGGCAUCGGAGGAUUCCAAGAGUGUCCUCAAGUAGAAUUGAGUCGCCCUUAUUGUAAAUACGCGGCAAGACCACCAAGCGUGGCCUUAAUACCUAUGCACGUAGAAAAAGCCGUUCGUUUAGCAUGUUAUGGUAGACCCGGCGCAGCUUAUCUUGAUUUUCCGGGAAACCUAUUAACGGCAAAAAUAACAGAGGAUGCUGUACCAUUACAAUACGCAUCUCCACAACCUCCAAAGAUGCAUCCCGAUCCCGUAGAUGUGAAAAAAGCGGCACAAAUGCUAACUUUAGCCAAACGGCCGCUGGUUAUCGUGGGAAAAGGUGCCGCGUAUGCUAGAUCGGAAAUACAAGUUCGUCAAUUGAUUCAUCAAACUAACCUACCAUUUCUUCCAACGCCAAUGGGAAAAGGCGUUGUACCAGACCUAGAUCCGCAAUGCGUUGCAUCCGCUCGCACACUAGCACUACAAAAAGCUGACGUAAUACUUUUACUGGGUGCGCGCCUUAAUUGGAUAUUACAUUUUGGCCGACCUCCGCGAUAUAGUUCGGAUGCAAAAAUUAUUCAAGUUGAUAUAAAUUCUGAAGAAUUACAUAAUAGUGUGCUCAGCAGUAUCGCUGUUCAGUCGCACUUAGUGCCCUUCAUCGAACAACUGAGUGAGACGCUUGCCAAAAAGCAAUACCGUUUCCAGUUUGAAAAUGAAUGGUGGAAGGACCUAAGGGCAAAGUGUGAAAAGAAUCGUAAAGUUGUUGAUGCAAUGUCGUUGAAUACUGAAAUUCCUUUAAAUUAUUACGCGGUGUUUCAUCACUUACAAGAACUCAUUCCAAAAGAUGCAAUUAUAGUUAGCGAAGGAGCUAAUACAAUGGACAUCGGUCGAACACUUCUUCACAAUAAGCUGGGACGCCAUCGCCUAGAUGCUGGUACAUUCGGUACGAUGGGAGUAGGUCCAGGAUUCGCAAUUGCUGCGGCCCUAUUUUGCAGGGACAAAUUUCCAGGCAAGAAGGUUAUUUGCGUUGAAGGAGAUUCGGCUUUUGGUUUCUCUGGGAUGGAGAUUGAAACCAUGGUGCGAUACCAGUUACCGAUCGUAAUUGUAAUAGUGAAUAAUGGGGGUAUAUAUGCUGGAUUUGAUAAAGAAACUUAUGAUGAUAUGCGCUCAGCUGGAGAUUUAACGCACGUAACACCGGCUUCAGCUUUAACUUAUGAGACACGAUAUGAAAAUAUGAUGAACAUGUUUGGCAUGAAUGGCCAUUUCGUUCGUUCUAUUUCAGAACUUAAGGUUGCCGUUAAGGAGUCUCUAUGCGCAACGGAUCGGCCGCAUAUUAUAAAUAUCGCAAUAAGCCCGCAAGCGGAUCGUAAAGAGCAAGACUUCAAAUGGUUGACUGAAUCAAAGCUUUAGUUUUGUUUAUUGGAGUUUUCAACAUGAGUUAUUGUUAUUGCAUGGUUAUUGUACAUUCUAUUAUGGUAUAAGGUGUUUGAUUGGGUAUAAACUGGUAUCAUAAAUAAAAAAAAGACUACGGGUGGAA